AAGCCAGCAGGCUGCUUUUCGAUCCAGACCGCUUGCUACAUGAUCUCCUCGAAAACAUCGUUCCGCAUCUCUCUCGCCGCUCGAUGGCCGAGCCUUUGUAGACUACACACCAAGAGGAAGAAAGAUGCCAGCGCCAGGACAUUGACUCCUUUCUUCCUUUUGCUUCCCCCUCCCCUUCCUUAAUCUCCCACCCCUUGAUCUCUACCCCCUCCCCUGUGCCCUCUCCUGUCCUGUCCUGUACCCACUUCCUCCCAACCUCCCCCUCCCCUAUCUAAACCCCUGCUCUCCCUCUCACCUCUCACCCCAUUGACAAUGUUACCAUGCAUUAACUGGCUUCAGCCUUUCCUUGCCUUGCUUUCCUCCACCUUGCUGACUCGGGGCCACAACUGUCCGUCCAGCUGCCUGUGUCCGGACCACCACACCGUGGACUGCCAGGGCCAAGGUCUCACCCACCUCCCAAGCCCCAUCCCCCUGGACAUUCGGCGCCUCCUGCUCUCCGACAACUGGAUUCCCUGGAUCCCCUCGGACUUCCUGGUUCUGUACAGCGACCUGGUCUACCUGGACCUGAGGAAUAACUCCCUGUCGGUGCUGGAGCCCGGCACCCUCAGCACCUCGUCUCGCCUAGUCUUCCUGGACCUGGGCAGCAACAACCUGACAGAGAUCCAGUCAGGGACCUUUGUGGAGUCCCGGAGCCUGAUCAAGCUGCGUCUGGGUAAUAACCCCUACCUUAGCCUGGUGGAAGAGGAUGCUUUCCUGGGGCUGACCUCGCUGCGGGAGCUGGAGCUGGAGAGGAACGGCCUGCAGGGGCUGGACGUGGGGGUGCUGGAGCCCCUAACCUCACUCCGGGUGCUGCGCCUGGAGGGCAACCCCUGGGUGUGCAACUGUCACUUUGCCAAACUUUUUGUGUGGCUCACGGAGAACUGCCACAAGCUUCCAAUGGGUAUGGAGGGGUUGCAGUGUUCCCUCCCCAUGGAUGGGAGUCUUAUGUCCCUGAGCCUGCUCUCUGAGGCCAGUUUCCGGGAGUGCCGGGGCUACCUCUCCCUUACGGACAUCCUCAUUGUCAUCUUCUCGGGCAUCUCAGUCUCUGUGGUGGCCAUUAUAGCCAGCUUCUUCCUGGCCUCCAUGGUCCACUGCUUCCAGCGACUGGGCAAAGCCGGUCAGGCAGACGAGGAGGAGGGCAACGACUGAGGGGGAGAAAAAGCGUGAUCUGGGACCAGAUUCAGUAUCACUGCGGACAUUGCAGACCCCGACUAGGUGCCUCGUAAGAGGGCCAGGAAGAAGGGCAGGACAAUGGGAGAGCAAGACAUGGACAACGAGGAGGGAGUAUAUGGCCUAGGAAUUGUGCCAGAAAGCUCUUACCAUGUGAAUUCCUGUGUACUUCAUUGGUGGCAGUCAGCAGCACACCGGGAGGGGUUAAACCAUGUUAGGAAAGAUUGUGUUAAAUCAGCUUGAAUGAUCCACGUUUUCUUAUCACUGAAGUACGAAAUGUACAACACUCUUAGAAAAAAUGGUUCCAAAAGGAUUCUUCGGCUGUCCCCAAGGGUUCUAUCUGGAACCAAAAGGGUUC